AUGCGCAUUGAAUUUAAGCAGAAAAGUAUCAAACCUAAUCCUGGCAUCGAAGGUCGACUCUUUUUCGAUGCACUGAAGCCGACAAGGGUGGAAUCGGUUGUGCUAAAUGUGAACUAUAACCUCACAUACGGUGCUGCGGAUGGAACGCAGACUGAGGUAAGUUGGUUACCUCAUGCCGCUAGGAAUUUAUUUAGCUUCACUUAACUUCGCUCACUAGUUAUUCUACAAGAGGAGAUAAACUGUCUGAUAGGAUGUUUCGUUUAUGUCUUCACAUCAAAGCACACCGAUAAAUCCCACAUUUGCGUCCAAAUAGGGUUCUGAAUCGAAAACGUAUGAAAUCCCGUUAGUUGGUCACUCGGUGGUACAGUCAAAGAAACCGUCAACAACACCCGACGCAGAAGGCAAGGUGAAGGGCACCUAUAAGCUCACUCAAGGACCCAACGAGAUUCCCUUCACGCUCACAUUUCCUGCAGACAGUAUUCCAUCAUUUAUUUACGUCGACGAUGACGGCAGGAUGGCGAUUUCAAGGUUCAUUUGCACGAAUUCUGUUUACUUCUUAAACUGGCUCGCAAGUUAUUUUAUUGAACGUUGUGUUCCAAUGCUGUGUCCAGGGAAAAUCCAGUAUGAAUAGCUAUGUUUGUGUGUGCAUUUAAUAACAGUAUGACCUUCGAAUUUUUCGACAAGCCUUUCGCAUCUUCUCUUCAGUCUGCAAUUCAGUUUUAUCAGUUUCUGCUAAGUUCAGCGUCAUCAUGGCACUCCAACGUCAGCUACAAAGGCUCAUAAUUUAGCACCAGCUCUUUUCAGAGACU